UCAGACGAAGACUCUAUGGAUCUUAUCUCGUGUUUUUGUAUGAAGCCGUAUUCUGGACGUCCGAUGAUAGAAUGUAAUGACUGCUCCGUGUGGAUACAUUUGUCAUGUGCAAAAAUACGCAAAGCGAACAUUCCUGAUGAAUAUACCUGUCCAAAAUGUCGAACCAUUAAAUCCAGUGUGAGAAAAUCUCUACGGACAAAAUUAGACGAAAAGCAAAUGCUCGUG